GAGAACAGGGCCGGAGGACAGGUGUGCCGGCCGGGCGAGCGCGCCCAUCCCGCUAAAGUGUUAACUUUGGACAUCUACUUGAGCAAGACCGAGGGGGCGCAGGUGGGCGAGCCGGUCGUCAUCGCUCCGGGGGCAGAAGAUUGGGACGAUCAGGACGACAUGGAUAAGAGGGCGAGUGGCCGCAGACCAGGGAGGCGGAGGAAGUCGCAGAAAUCCACCGACUCUCCAAGCCCAGACACGGCGCUGCCGGACGGCGAGGCCAGGGACGACGCGGUGUUCGACUACGAGGUGGCGCCAAACGCGGCCGCCGAGAACGGCUCCGCGGAAAAGAAAGUGAAAUCUCCCCGGGCGGCCCCGGACGGGGGCGUUGCCUCCGCGGCCAGUUCGGAGUCCAAGUCCAGCCCUGGCUCCAAAGGGCAGCCCCGGGGGGAGCCGGAACGGAGCAAGCAGCCUCUGCCGGUCACGUCCCCCACCAAAAGGAGGGGGAAGAUCCGCGUCCCCGAAGCUGCCGCGGGGGAGAACGGGGAGGAGGCGCCCCGAGUCAUCCCCCGCGAGCUCACGGUCCGGAGCAGCUCGCUGCUGCCGGAGAUCAAGCCGGAGCACAAGAGGGGGCCGCUCCCCAACCACUUCGACGGCCGGGGAGAGGGAAGUCGGAGCAAAGAGCUGGGCAGAUCGUCUGGAGGCCCUGACGCUGAGGGCUUGAAGCCCAGGAAUCAUUUCGGGGCGGGCAGGUCGACGGUGACCACUAAAGUGACCCUCCCUGCCAAGCCUAAAAAUGUGGAACUAAAUCUUAAAUCUCCUAAGAAUCUUGACAGUUUGGGAAAUGAGCAUAGUCCAUUUAGCCAGCCAGUUCAUAAAGGAAACACUGCCACCAAAAUCUCCUUAUUUGAAAACAAACGGGCAAACAAUAGCCCAAGACACGCUGACAUUCGAGGCACAAGGAGCACCCUUGCCUCUAAUAAAACAUUUGUCGGGAGGGCAAAGCUGAAUUUAGCCAAAAAACCCAAGGAAAUGGAGCAACCUGAAAAGAAAGUAAUGCCAGGUAGUCACCACAAUGGUGUUCUGGUGAAGGAAACCUCUGCAGAAACCAAAGUUAUUCUCUCUGAAGAGGAGAUUCUCCCAGCAACCGGGGGUCCCGGAGGAAGAGGAAUGGAAGGGGAGCCCACCAAGGAUCAAGCUCUUGGUUCUCAGCUUAAGCAUGGUGAUCAAGUAGAUGCUGGCUGCCCUUCUGAACCAGUGGCUACUGCUCUGAUUCCUGUCAAGGACCACAAACUCUUAGGAGAGGACGACUCAAAGGCUGCUGACAGCAAAAGACUUGUACUUGAAAGUAGGACUGAGACUUCACAAAACAUUCCCUCCAUUCUUGAUACCAGAGACUCACCAACAGCCACACCACAACCACAGGAUACUUUUUCUGACUCACAGCCCCCAGCUGAGUCAUCUAAUCAGCCUCAUUCACUGCCUGCACCCAUUCCUGUGGAUGUGCCCAAAGACACGUGUGCUGAAGCUCCCGUGAGCAGUUUUCCGUGCACUGAUCUAAAAGUAUCAGAAAACCACAGUGAAUGUAUCUUGCCUGUGUCUCAUCUGGAUCAUGAGAAAAUGCCCCCCUCCAAACUUGGAGGAAGAAGAGAAGGAGGAGGAGGAGGAGAAGUCAGCCUUCCCUUGUCCACAGAGCACAGCCCAGAAGUUGUGGGAACUGAGAGUCCAUCCAAGGUCCUGGUCCAGGUCAGGUCCUUCGUCCUUCCCGUGGAGAGCACCCAGGAUGUAAGCUCCCAGAUCAUCUCAGAUAGCUCCGAAGUGAGAGAAGUGCAGUUGCCAAGUUGUCACAAUAAUGAACUUGAAGUGGUUUCCGUUGCAAGUUGUGCUCCCCAGAAAGAGGAAGUACUGGGCAAUAAGAGCACAUCACCCAAACACAUUCAUUGCAAAGAGGAACAUGCAGCAAAAUCUGGCCCACAAGUCAUGCCGCUAGAAUCAGAGAAAACUCUGCCUAUCCAGGCCCAAAGUCAGGGCGACAGAGCACUCCUGGUGGCUGAAUCCAGCCUCACGCACUCCCCUGGUGGCAGAAACCAUUUAGAAACUCCUCAGAGGCCAGAUCAAAGUGUUGUGAAUGGCCAGGACAGCCCUGCCAGUCGUUUGAAUGUCUCUGGUGGUAGUGAUGAUAGUGUACUUGAUUCUUCUUCUGAUAUGGAAAAAUUCACUGAAAUUAUCAAAAAGAUGGACAGCACUGUGUGUGUGCCUCAGAAGAAGAAGAAAGCCAGGGUGCCAAACUCUCCUACCCCUCACUUUGUCAUGCCUCCUAUUCAUGAGGACCACUUAGAAAAGGUGCUUGAUCCCAACGUGUUUACCGUUGGUUUGGGAAAGAAAAAGGGAAGCCUGCCAGAAAUGUCACCGGCUUUACAGCUGAUGCAGAAUGUAGACCCAAAGUCCACACCGAGGUCCAAACGCAUGUCCACCGAACAGAGUAUCCUCUUCAAGUCCUUGCACGCUCACACGAACGGGAAAGAUGGGCCUCUGGCGAACCCAGAAGUGAACGACAAGGAGAACAGGGAGGUCACAAAUGGUGGAGUUAAGAGAUCUAGGCUAGAAAAAAGUGCCCUUUUCUCAAGCAUAUUGUCUUCUUUACCACAAGACAAAAUCUUUUCUCCCUCCGUAACGUCAGUCAAUGCUAUGACCACAACUUUCAGCUCUUCUCAGAACACUUCUCUUUCUCGGUCUCCUGUGUUACCGCCUGUGGCUGAGGGUGCCCCACCCUGCUCUUCAGAAAAAGAACAGCCAAAUCUUCCGCCCAACAACUUCUUAAAGGUCUUCAAUUUCGACUCGUCAAAUACAUCUCAUUCGGGCUUGAAAAGUCCAAGCUACAUGGAAAAAUACCUGCAAAAAGAGGAAAGCAAAAAAGAUCUGGAUUCACGAAGCAACCUACACCUGCCAGAAACAAAAUUUUCUGAAUUUUCAAAACCAAAGAACAGCGAUGAUGUGGAAAAGGUUAAUCACGUUGAAAGUGCUCUUACAUCGAACUUGCUGAGCUAUGGGAACAGUGACACAGACUUCAUGGAUCUUUUCAAAUCCAGACGGUUUGACCCAAACAUUUCUUUUUCUGGAAUGCCGUUAUCAGAUCCAACAACGCUUAGAGGAAGUGUCCAAAAUAAAAUCAAUCCCCGACCUGGAAAGGUGGUGAUCUACAGUGAGCCGGAGGUCUCCGAGGCGUGCAUUGAAGUCUUCAGUGACACCGAGGACUGUAGCUCGUGGAGCCUGUCGCCGGUGGUGCUUGUGAAAGUUGUUAGAGGCUGUUGGAUUUUGUACGAGAAACCAAAUUUUGAAGGGCACUCCAUCCCCUUAGAAGAAGGAGAAUUGGAACUUGCUGGUCUCUGGGGUAUAGAUGAUAUUUUGGAAAGAAAAGAGGAGGAAGAGUCUGCUAAACCUGUGGUGAUUGGUUCAAUCAGACAUGUGGUCCAGGAUUACAGAGUUAGUCACAUUGACUUAUUUACUGAACGAGAAGGGCUGGGAGUCGUCCAUUCCUACUUCGAUGACACUGAAGAAAUGCAGGGCUUUGGUGUAAUGCAGAAAACCUGUUCCAUGAAAGUGCAUUGGGGCACAUGGCUGAUUUAUGAAGAACCGGGAUUUCUGGGUGUCCCGUUUAUCCUGGAGCCCGGGGAAUACCCUGACUUGUCCUUCUGGAACACAGAAGUGGCCUACAUUGGAUCCAUGCGGCCUCUGAAAAUGGGUGGUCGUAAAGUUGAAUUCCCUGUAGAUCCAAAGGUGGUUAUUUAUGAAAAGCCUUUCUUUGAGGGAAAACGGAUGGAACUGGAAACAGAAAUGUAUAAUUUUAUCACGGAAGGAGGCGAAGCAGAGGAAACCGAUGGAGAUGCCAGUUUGCCGCUGACGUCGGUGGGGUCCAUGAAAGUUCUCAGGGGCAUUUGGGUUGCUUAUGAAAAGUCUGGAUUUACAGGUCAUCAGUACUUGCUUGAAGAAGGAGAAUACAAGGACUGGAAAGAUUGGGGAGGUUACGAUGGAGAACUUCAGUCUUUACGACCUAUAUUAGGUGAUUUUUCAAAUGCUCACAUGAUAAUGUACAGUGAAAAAAACUUUGGAUCUAAAGGUUCCAGUAUUGAUGUAUUGGGAAUUGUUGCUAAUUUAAUGGAGACCGGAUAUGGAGUGAAGACACAGUCUAUUAAUGUACUGAGUGGAGUAUGGGUAGCCUAUGAAAAUCCUGACUUCACAGGAGAACAGUAUAUACUGGAUAAAGGCUUUUACACCAGUUUUGAGGACUGGGGAGGAAAAAAUUGUAAGAUCUCUUCUGUUCAACCCAUAUGUCUGGAUUCUUUCAGUGGGCCAAGGAGACGAAAUCAGAUUCACUUGUUUUCGGAACCACAGUUUCAAGGUCACAGUCGAUGCUUUGAAGAAACAACAAGUCAAGUUGAUGAUUCAUUUUCUACCAAGUCUUGCAGAGUUUUAGGAGGCAGCUGGGUUGUGUACGAUGGAGAAAAUUUCUCUGGUAACCAGUACGUGCUGGAAGAAGGCCACUACCCGUGUCUCUCUGCAAUGGGAUGCCUGCCUGGAGCAAGUGUGAAGUCUCUUCGUUUUAUAGAUGUUGAAUUUUCUGAGCCAACAAUUAUUCUUUUUGAAAGAGAAGACUUCAAAGGAAAAAAGGUUGAGCUUAAUGCAGAAGCAGUCAAUCUCCGAUCCCUGGGAUUCAACACGCAGAUACGCUCAGUUCAGGUGAUCGGUGGCAUAUGGGUUACUUAUGAAUAUGGCAAUUACAGGGGUCGGCAAUUCUUACUAUCACCAGCAGAAGUACCUAAUUGGUAUGAAUUCAGUGGCUGUCGCCAAAUAGGUUCUCUACGGCCUUUUAAUCAGAAACGUAUUUAUUUCAGACUUCGAAACAAGGCAACAGGGUUAUUCAUGUCAACCAACGGGAACUUAGAGGACCUGAAGCUUCUCAGAAUACAGGUCACAGAGGACGUCGGCGCUGACGAUCAGAUCUGGAUUUAUCAAGAAGGAUGCAUCAAAUGCAGGAUAGCAGAAGACUGCUGCCUGACGAUUGUGGGGAGCCUGGUCACUUCCGGCUCCAAGUUGGGCCUGGCCCUGGACCAGAGCACCGAGAGUCAGUUCUGGAGCAUGAAGUCCGACGGUAGAAUCUACAGCAAGUUGAAGCCAAAUUUAGUUUUAGAUAUCAAAGGGGGUGCACAGUAUGAUCAAAACCACAUUAUCCUCAACACCGCCAGCAAAGAGAAGUUAACACAAGUGUGGGAAGCCAUGGUCCUAUAGCCCUGGACAACGCAGGAGGACUAUUUCUGGAGGUCUUCCAGCUACCUUAUUUAAAAAGAAAAGGACUGCGGACAGGAACCAAGAGGAAAGCGGAUGUGCUCCUCAGCAACUCUAAAUUCACUCAUGAAUCACAGUGCCAGGAGCGGGACAACUGUCUCAUCUCUUCAAAAGACUAAUGGUUUUAAACCAAUAAUUUGUUCUUCUUUCACUUCUUGCCUGUCAGUUCCUUUCAGCAGCUGCUUAAACAGGUUGCCUCAUUAGCGGCGUUGGGGUGUUUUAAAAAAAAUCUUAUCUCAA